AUGGCGAAUCCUAUUGAAUUGGAAGACGAAGAUCAACAUUUGAAUUUGGCUGUGGUUGUCAAGGAUACCGUUUCCAUGGUUUUGGAAAUCAGCUACCUGCAAGUCGUCUCUUUAUCGGUGGAUCUUCAGAGCAAAUGUUUUUAUCGGUGCCAUGGCGGAUCUCAUUCCUCAAGUACUUGUAUGGAUACCUUCGACGUUCUCUUGGCAAGCCAAUAUCCUCGCGUAUGCUAUUUCAUCAAGACCGGAUUUAUUUGUUGCAGUGCAUGA